AAAAGUCCGCGGGCUGGGCUGCUCUCGUCCAGUGUGACUGUUCCUCGCGAUGCAGAGCUUCGCCAGGUUCCUGCUGUUGACGGCCUGCUGCUGGUCAGCGGCGUUGGCCGCGACCACCAAGGUCGUCUGCUACUUCAACACCAGCGCGCUCAAACGACCAGAGUCGAGCCGCAUUCUGCUGUCGCAGAUCGAGCCCAGCUUCUCGUACUGCACGCACCUGGUCGUGGGCUACGCCACCAUCAACACGGAGACGUACAAGGCGGUGCCGCCGAGCGAAGACGAGCACACCACGUACACCAACAUCGUGGCGCUCAAGAGGCGCUUCCCCAGCCUCAAGAUCCUGCUGUCGAUCGGCGGCGGCGCCGCGGACACCGACAGCAGGGAGAAGUUCUUCGAGCUGCUUGAAAGUGAUGAACACCGAACGACUUUCGUAAGUUCGGCAAAGAGCCUACUGAAGCAACACGGAUUUGAUGGCAUUGACAUCGCCUGGGAGUUCCCCAAGAACAAAGCAAAGAAGGACCGCGGCACUCUUGGCUCCAUAUGGCACGGGAUCAAGAAGGUGGUCGGCGCGGCCCACAGCCACACGGACGAGAAAGCAGACGAGCACAAGAGCCAGUUCUCGGCCCUCAUCCGCGAACUGAGGACGUCGCUGAGGAACGAAAAUGCCCUCCUGACUCUCAGCGUCAUCCCAUACAUCAACCAGUCGCUGUACUACGACCCGACGGCGCUGAACCAGCAGAUCGACCAGCUGCACGUGCUGGCCUUCGACUACCGCAACCCGGAGCGUGACCCCAAGGAGGCCGACUACCCUGCGCCGCUCUACCCAGCCGGGCAGAGGGACUCUGACCUCUCGGUCGACGGAAACAUCCGCUGGUUCCUCGAGAACUCAUUCCCAGCUAGCAAGCUGGUGCUCGGCAUCCCGACGUUCGCCCGCACGUGGAAGCUGACGGAGGACAGCAAGGUGUCCGGCGCGCCGCCCAUAGAGACGGACGGCCCCGGCGACCAGGACGCGAUCGUGCAGACGCCGGGCCUGCUGGCCUACCAAUCGGUGUGCACCCUGCUGCCCAACCCCUCCAACAAGGACAAGCCGACGACGCUGCGCCGCGUCAACGACCCCUCCAACCGCCUCGGCUCCUACGGCUUCCGGCUGCCCUCCGGAGACGUCAACGGCCUGUGGGUGGGCUUCGAGGACCCGGACGUCGCCGCCUACAAGGCCCAGUACGCCAAGACCAAGAGUCUGGCCGGCAUCGCCUUCUCCGACCUCACCCUGGACGAUUACAACGGCAUCUGCACUGGCGAGAAGUUCCCCAUUGUUCGGGCUGGAACGCUGAAACUUCGUUCACCGUAAGCACUCUACAUCGAACGUGCUUUUCGAGCUCGUGGCACAAAACCAGAUUUUAUAAUCACAGUGGAAGAAUUACAAUGAAUACGAAAUUCACAUUUUAACAGUGAGGUCUAUGACUGUGCUACACAAAGCGAUAGAAAUAAAGAUCUUCUUUCCAAACAUAAAA